AUGCAGUUUGUCGUAACCCCGUGGCGUGACAGCAAGGAGCUGCUUCAGGUGCGGCACGAUCUGUACGGGACUGACUCAAUCAAGAAGGAGAGAGCAGUGAACAAGGUAUUCGCAUGGCGGUCACGGAAGCCGGAUGGUCUGCCACUGCUGCUCGACUCGACAGCUGAUAUUGUCGAUGUGCUACUGCAAGAUCAGAGGAGCGAGCUGAAGCAUAAUCCUUUGCGGUUGCUGUACGCCACUGCAGUGUCAAGGUAG